AAGGAGAGCGGUCACGAGCCCAAAGUACUUUCAGCCCAACCCCCAAUGUUAGCUUUAGCUUUAGCGUCCGUCGCCAUUUUCCAGUGUGACGAUCGUGAACGCAGACUCAUCUUCCGAAGGAGUGAAGUGUAAACGGUCACAAUGGUGAAAAUAUUCGUGGGGAACCUUUCGCCCGAGACCACAUCAGACGAACUGAGGUCACUCUUCUCUCAGUACGGCAAGAUUGCCGAGUGUUCCAUUCUGAAGAGUUUCGGCUUCGUGCACAUGGACAGCAAGGCGGAGGCGGAGGAGGCCAUCCGCAACCUCCACCAGUAUCAGCUGAACGGCCAGGCCAUGAACGUGGAGCUGAGCCGUGGCAAGACAAGAGGCUCCACCAAGCUCCAUGUGGGAAACAUCGCAUGCACCAACCAAGAGCUGAGGGCCAAGUUUGAAGAGUACGGCGUGGUGGUGGAGUGUGACAUAGUUAAAAACUAUGCCUUUGUUCACAUGGAACGCAUGGAGGAUGCCAUGGAGGCCAUUAAUCAGUUAGACAACACGGCUUUCAAAGCGAGUGGACUGGGCAAAAUGGCUACGGGAGCAAACGCAACUCCAUUGGGAAAGUUGCACCCCAGCAUCGGCGCCAAACGUGGCUUCGACGCGGGGCCCGGCGCUGACAACGGAAUGAUGCCGAACCCGAGGCCUCCCGCCUCCUUUCCGCCUAUACAAGGAUUCCAGCCUGCGAUGCCAUCCCCGGCUUUUGCGCAGACGCACCAGUUUAGCGCACCGGGUGGGUUUUCGCCCCAGGCGCCUACACAGCAGCCGCUCGGCGGACAAGAUUUCAACCAGAAGAAACAACGAAAGAAGAGCCGGUGGAGUAGUGAGACGCCUGAUCAGAAAACUGUCAUACCGGGUAUGCCCACUGUCAUCCCCCCUGGUCUGACCCGGGACCAAGAGAGAGCCUACAUAGUCCAACUGCAGAUCGAAGACCUGACACGUAAACUGCGUACAGGAGACCUGGGAAUCCCUGUUAACCCUGAGGACAGGUCUCCCUCGCCGGAGCCCAUUUACAACAGCGAGGGCAAGAGGCUGAACACGCGCGAGUAUCGCACGCGCAAGAAGAUCGAGGAGGAGCGCCACGCCCUUAUCACCGAAAUGGUCGGCCUCAACCCCGAGUUCAAACCGCCUGCCGAUUAUAAACCCCCGGCCACCAGAGUCAAUGACAAAGUGAUGAUUCCGCAAGACGAAUACCCCGAGAUCAACUUUGUCGGUCUGCUUAUCGGACCGCGAGGAAACACCUUGAAGAACAUUGAAAAAGAAUGCUGUGCCAAAAUCAUGAUCCGCGGCAAAGGCUCCGUGAAGGAGGGCAAGGUGGGCAGGAAGGACGGACAGAUGCUGCCCGGCGAGGACGAGCCUCUGCACGCCCUGGUCACGGCCAACACCAUGGAGAAUGUCAAGAAGGCCGUGGAGCAGAUCCGCAAUAUUCUGAAGCAAGGCAUCGAGACGCCCGAGGACCAGAACGACCUGCGCAAGAUGCAGCUGAGAGAGCUGGCCAGGCUCAACGGCACGCUGAGAGAAGACGACAACAGGAUCCUGCGUCCUUGGCAGAACACGGAGCCCCGCAGCAUCACCAACACCACCCUGUGUACAAAGUGUGGAGGGGCAGGCCACAUCUCCUCGGACUGCAAGUACACCAGUACCUUCGCUGCCCAAAGAGCAACGGGCGGCGAGCCCCCACAGUCGGCGCAGGACAAGGCUCGUAUGGACAAGGAGUACCUGUCGCUCAUGGCCGAGCUCGGGGAGGCCCCGCUGCCGACGUCCGGCGGGGGGCCCCCCAGCCAGCAUGGAGGACCCCCCCGGGCCUCCGGACCCAGCAGUGGCCAGGGACCACCGAGCCGGCCUCCCUGGAUGGGCUCUGCUUCCAGCGACAACAGGAACUUCCACGCCAUGCAUGGAGGAGGCCAUCACAACUUCCCUCCCCCCAUGCCCAGCAUGGGCGGCCCUCCCAUGCCCCCCAACCCCAACGGCAUGCCUCCCCCGUGGAUGCAGCCUCCCCCUCCGCCCAUGGGCCAGGGCCCCGGACAUCACGGGCACCCCAUGGGCAUGAUGCCACCCCCAAUGGGCAUGAUGCCCCCUCCGCCGCCUCCUCCCAACAGUCAGCCGCCGCCACCUCCGUCCGGUCCUUUGCCGCCGUGGCAACAGCAGGCCCCUCCGCCACCGCCGACGAGCAGCAUGGCAACAAGCACACCACUGCCCUGGCAACAAAAUACCCCCACCACAUCCAGCCCUGGCACAGGGUCUCUCCCUCCAUGGCAACAGCCGCAGCAGCCCGUGGCCUCUGCGCCCCAGCCCCCACCUCCGAUGGGCGCCCCCUCCAUGGUGCCACCGCCCCCGGGGGUCCAGCCACCCCUCCCGCCCGGUGCCCCCCCUCCCCCGCCCCCGCCGCCCCCUGGCUCAGCCAGCAUGAUGUAUGCCCCGCCCCCGCCACCCCCGCCGCCAAUGGACCCUUCCAACUUUGUCAUGAUGGGAAUGGGGGUACCGGGCAUGCCCCCGUUUGGCAUGCCCCCAGCACCUCCGCCGCCUCCGCCCCAAAAUUAACAACCUAAUGUGAAGAGAAGUGUCCGCGUCGCAUUCAAUAGACUGAGGUCAUCUACACACAUAUAACCUGUGAGUUUUGUAUGCCACCGGGCAGAAUUAAGGGAGAUACUUUAGAAUCGGGGUUGGGGGGGGUGGGGGGCAGUUUGAAGUCCCAAGUGUCAAAUGAAUACGAGGUCAAUCAAUAGCGGGGCAUUCUGUGUGAUUGGCAGAUGCCCGGUGGGAUACAAUGCGGUCGUCUCGGAUCACGCGUUUCUAGUUUUGUAUGGUUCCUGUCUUGUAACAAACAACACAUCUACUGCAGAUACGAUGUUAGUUCACUUGGUGUCAAGUUGAAGAGUUCUUCUCUUUUUAAAGUUUGUAUCACUGCAAAAGCUCCUCGUGUGUGUGUGCGCGCGUGUGUGUGUAAAAACACUUGCUCUCAGGCCUCAGUUCUGCAGUGCUAUGCAGUUUGUUUUGGUUUGUCUACUGAUUAAAGCACCCAUUGGGUAAAUUUGAUGACUUGCAUGAUCCAUUUCAAGAGCUGAUUGUGUUUCGAGUGAACGAGGUCCCCAUGACAAUGUCCGUUGUUGGGUUUGAGUUCACGAAGAGUCAUAUUUUUGUAAUAAAAAGUGAUGUGUUUUAGUUUUUGAGGAUUUGUUUGCAUGUUUCUCAGUUGUGACAUUUGCGUUUGAACAAGGGGGAACAUUGUACUCCAAACCCUUCUGGACUAUUUAAAUGCUGAGACUUAGAUCUUUUUUUUU